GAGAUAAAGGAAGGAAAGAAUGAGGAGGGAUGAGAUUUGGAGGGAAAGAUAAAGAAAGGCAGUGGUGAGUGGGAUUGCCCAGGUGUGUCUGCAAAGCGAGUGUGAGACUUGUGUGUUUCUUAGCAUGCAAGUGGUCCAGACAAGAAGCUGGGAAGCUGCCUUGUCCUGAGACGGACCACUAGUCCAUGUAGCACAGUAUUGCCAACACUGGCUGGCAACAGCUCUCCAAGAGAGUUUUCAGCCCCAACCAGCAAGCCUGAGGGCCUCAGCUAGCAAAUCAGGUGCUCUGCCACUGAGCCAUGGCCCUCCCUUUAGUGAUCUGCUACGCACGGGCUUUUGGUUCUUCUCUCCAUGGAUUCACUGGAUUUGUGACAUCAGCGGCCCUUGCUUUGUGACCUCACCAGAUCCUGCCUCAGGCCUGUGGCUUUUGGAUGCUGCAGACCAGGGAACCCACGUUGCAACAUCACCUUGCUGGUAAGGAACAUGGAGCCUAUCCUAGCCACUGAGGAACUGAAUUCAACUUCUAUGAGAAAUGGAGGCUUUUCUCUCGGCUUGUCACCUUUCAGAGACAAGUGAAAGCUUUUUUUUUUUCCACUAGGCAUUUGGGAUCUAACUGGAGAUCUAGCUGUUUGGCAGCCUGUGUGAACAAAAUUGCAAAGGAAGUUAAGCCAGUUGCAACCACCUGUCCUCUUCCAAGUCAUCUGUAGCACCACAUCCAGUUUUUGAAAUGGGCUCUUCAAGAGAACAAGAACUAAACUAAGAAGACAAGUGGACAACAUAUUGCUCCAGGCAGAUUAAAGAAAAGAAACACCCUUUUGCCUAACUACAGCUCAGCAUGAAGGGGGAGGAAACUGAGGAGCAUAGCUUGGAUAUAGGAAUGUUUUACUACGUGCUAUUGUGGUCGGUCAUCUGCUAUUUCUGGUGGAAAUGGAGAGCAGGAGACACCUUAAUCGACCUAGAUCGUGGAACAAAAUAUGUGUUGAUCACUGGCUGUGACUCAGGAUUUGGAAAACUGGCAGCUCUGACUUUUGAUAGGAAAGGAUUUCUUGUUAUUGCCUGUUGCCUGACAGAAACGGGAGCAGAAGAGCUGAAAACAGAAGCUUCUGUACACCUGCAGACAAUGGUGCUCGAUGUGAGAGACACGGAUAGUAUCAAAUUAGUGGAAGAAAAAGUAAAAAAAAUAGUCGGAGAAAAAGGUCUCUGGGGCCUGAUCAAUAACGCAGGGAUUAUGGGGGCAUCAGCGCCAACAGACUGGCUGUCUAUCGAGCACUUUAGAGCCCCGAUUGAAAUUAAUUUAAUUGGACUCAUAAAUGUGACACUACACAUGCUUCCACUGGUUAAAAAAGCCAAAGGAAGGAUAAUCAACGUAACCAGUGUUGGUGGUGUUCUAGCUAUAUGCAGUGGUGGUUAUUGUCCAUCCAAAUUUGGGGCAGAAGCAUUCACUGACAGCUUAAGACAGGACAUGAAACCCUUUGGAGUUACAGUAUCUUGCAUUGAACCUGGGCUGUUCAAAACAGAACUCUCCAACAGAAACAAGGUCAUAAAAGAAAAGGUGGACAUUUGGAAUAAUCUUCCUCAGGACAUCAAGAGGCAGUAUGGUGAGAACUAUUUAAAGGAAGAUACAGUCAAGAAGGAAAAAUUAGUUAAGCUGUGUCAGAACUCAAGCCUCUCAUUGGUUGUGAAGUGCAUGGAACAUGCCUUGCUGAGCAAACAGCCAAGGACACGCUACAGCCCGGGCAUGGACGCCAAACUGCUGUGGAUCCCCCUCUCGUACAUGCCCACGUUUGUGCAGGACUAUGUGCUCAUGAAGAACAAAGUGAAGUUAGCAGAGCCAAACACAAAGAGGCAUCCUUCCCCUUGCUCACAGUCACACUGACUCUCCUGGGCAGCCAGGGCUGGUUGGCUCCAAAUAAGACAAGGAUGCGUCUUGGCCCGUUUGGCACAACCUGUGAGCUCCAGGUCAUGCUUUCAAAGCUGUGCGAGGAAGAGAAAUGCACUUAGGUCUGGCGGACAGCAAGUAUCCAGCGAUGUUGGCAACGUUCACUUACCAUCUCUCAUUAACAUGUUUUAAAAUGAAAUGUUAAUGAAGGCCUGUGCUUCCCCGUAGCACCAAAGGCAGAAGUGGGUGAUAUGGCUAAAGGAAUCUUGGCCUCCUUGAAUCAAUCUUAAGUCAACCGGCCAAUCAAACACUGGGCAAAUAUUGUCAGGUAUUAGACAAUAGCAAAGUAUCUUAAAUCAUGUGUGUAUUAGAACAGGAACAAAGUACAGGGAUAAUUGUGCCUGUUACAAGUUCUACUCUCAGAUCCCAUUGUCCAGCCAUUCACAAGAGUUUUACUGAGCACUGUGCCAAAUCUUUCUGCCCACUGAGCAAGUGUGAUUGGCCCACUUGCUGUGCACGUACAUCAUUCUUGUUUUGAAAAACAUGCCUGUACUGAAUGCCUCUGAGCAUAUGCAGACUUUCUUUCCUGCUCAAGGCUAUACAAGGGUAUACAACCCAUCCAAGAAAAGAUCUAGGGGCAAAGUAUCCCAGGCGUGCACAGAAUGCUUUUCUUGUGUGAAGAAAAUGUUCUUUUGCACGCCUGAAGACGGCAACCUGUUACUUCCUGUGGCAGGCUGCUUGGCUGGGGAACCAAUCAGUACAGAGGUUUUGCGCUGCUGAAGCCACAACUUGCAGGAAUGUGACAAAAGGCAUUCUACUGAGGUCUGCAUUUCAUUCUGAGCUUGCAGCCUCACACCUCUUGCCGAAUGCAUCCCGCAAAACAAAUAGAGCCACCCAUCUUGGUGGCCCCUUAUUCCAGGGAUGGAACCAUAAUGAAGUAGCACCGUGUGUGUGCUGCACUUGCACUCAGAGCACGAAACACUUUCAUGGAGCAUGCAUUUGCACCAGCAGCCAUGCCUCUCAUAUUAUCCUGGGGUGCCCAGGUACAGCGUAUGAGUGGCUGGAACUCGGGGGAAGGGCAACCUGCGUCGCAUGCAGAAAGUCCCAGGCCCCAGCCCUGGAUUCUCCAGUGAACCAGACCUGGUAACUCGAGAUGGAAAACGUUCUUCUCUGCCUGAGAGCGUGGAGUAUCACAGCCAGUUAGAAUAAACCAUCUUGGACAACAUGGACAAAUGGCCUGACCUGGGAGAAGGCAGCUUCCUUGGAUAGUGCCCAAGUGCUGCUAAGCAGCAAAACUGGCUUCGCCGAAUUUCUUUUGGUUUUGCAUCCUCUGGUUCUGGUCAAGAAAACCAGUAGAGCCUGUGGAUGCACUGCGGGGCAACGUUCCCUGCUGUCACGGUGUCCUCAUGAUGCAGUAAAGGAAGGUUUGCUGGAAGGCCAUUGCAUUUCUGAGCAUGAUAAAACAAGAAGAGUAACAGUGGCAGGCCGGUUGGCAACACGCCUCAGGUUAGUCAACCCAGCAUCCUGUGCCUCAUAGAGCAACCACAUUCAUCAUGUAAUAACUACAAGUGUGACAUGACUGAAUGGUGAUGUAAACAGCUAUUUAUAGCUUAAAUUUUGCCACCGUCUUAAUUAUGUCUCAGAUCCUGAUAUCAUACAAAUGCAAUGCCCAUUAAAAGUAAAAAAAAAAGUUAGCUUUGAUUGGAUAAAUAACUCCUGCUAAUAGGCAUCUUAUAACUUGCUGUUAGCUCAGCCUUCUCACCAAAAGUUGGUGGGUUUUUAAGUGAUGAGCAGUAAGGAUAUAAAAAUAUCUUUCGCUCAACCAGGUAAUUACACAGUUCCAAGUACUGUCCACCUUUCAGAAAUCAAUGGACACAAUCCUUUAGGUUUGUACUACAGUUUGCCAACCAUGCUGAUGUUUUUAUUUGGGUGAAAAAGCUACCUACUGAGAUGGCUGUUCUCAAACAGCAGAAGAGGCCUCCUUCAAGGGUAGUGUGUAUGGGUGAAGAUGGCAGGUGUAGUUCCAGAGAAGGACAGGAUCCUGAGGUGGGUGAACUCUUCCUCAGCUAAAUUGGUCUUUUAAAGUCCUGCAUUUCAGAGGGCUGUGCUUUGUUUAAAGGACAGUCAAGAUCCAGUCCAAUUUAAAGAAACAUCACCAGAAGAGAAUGAGGAGCUCUUGGUUACUCGUCAACAGUUAGCACUGGGACAGCAAACUGAACAGGCAAGCAGGGUAUAUGGUCAAGGUCUUUCUCACUGUGGCAAGAUGUUCUGCAUUUCUGAUGCAGAUGCUUCUUCAUUUGGAGUCCAACAUAUAUAUUAGCAUAUGCACAUUUCAUGCAAAUCAAUGUCUUUGAGUUUAAGGAUGCACUUUCUAUUUUUUGAUGAGAUAUAUAAGUAGCCAGUUUACAUUUCUCCAUAGACUCCAACCAAGGCCUAGAUGGACUGAAUGUCUCCUGGGUUCUUGGAAUUCUUUUUCCCCUAUAUGUGUGUGUGAAAAUGUUUAGGAAAGGGUAUGAGAUAUAUCUUUAUAUUCCUCUUCUCAUGCCAGUCUUAAAUUAAUGCCGCAUUCCACAUAUCUUUGCACACAACAGUACUUCAUUUUACAAGCCCCACAUGUUUAUGUGUGUAGCAGAUUAUUAGUGUUGCGUAAGGAGGGCUACAUAGCGCGGUUCAUAAUGGUAAUCAGGGACAAGUUCAAAAUGUUUGAGAAAUGCAAGCAAUGGAAAAACAUCUGUUUGAUCGAAUUUUUAGACAUUGUUAAACUUUUUUUUCUAGGAGUCUUUAAUUUAUUUGGUAGUAGGAACCAUAUUGUACAAUAUUUCAUUAUUCCAUGGUUGUAUGUCUUGUAAACUUUCCUCAGUGAUAUUAUACUGUCAUUUAUUAUGUAUACAGUCUUUUUGUCCUUAUGAAUGUUGGGACAUUCAUAAAUUUUAUAUAUGAAGGAUGCGGCAGCAAGUUGCCUAAAACACAAUGAACUUUGAAGAGGGACCUGCAGCCCUCAAUCGCCAUGUUGAAAAUGCGCGUGCUUGUCCUGCCGUUUACAUUUCUACCUCUCCUUAAGAACCUGCCCUUGCCUUUUGUUCCUUUUUAAUGAAGGCUUCCUGUUCAGCGGGCCUUUUGUUUCCUUGCUUCCGCUGUUAUUUUCUAAAGCCUUUGGUGGGUUUAAUUGUGGAAGCCUGUUGAGUCUUAACUGUUCAAUGCUGCUGCUACUUGAAUGUGUAUCCAUCUCCUAUUUUAACUUGUUUUUGUCUGUGGUUUUGCAUUGGCUCAUGUUCAGUGGAAAGUUCUAUGUGGGCAGGAGUGUGUACAUGAGUAAAAAUAAUUUAAACAAA